GAGACCCUCGCAAAAAGCCUCGCGACACUCACGCGAGACUCUCUCUUCCCGGAUGCCCCGCCCCCUUCCGGUGAUGGCGGCGCUCUAGGCCGCGCGGUUCGGCGCCGCCAUGCACUCGGAUGAUAUUGUCUGGGACACGCUCGGAAACAAGCAGUUCUGCUCCUACAAGAUCAGGACCAAAACCCAGAGCUUCUGUCGCAAUGAAUACAACCUGACUGGGCUGUGUAACCGCUCCUCCUGCCCGCUGGCCAACAGUCAGUAUGCAACCAUCCGUGAGGAGAAGGGCCGAUGUUACCUGUACAUGAAGACCAUAGAGCGCGCUCCGUUUCCCCGUCGGCUGUGGGAGCGGGUCCUGCUGAGCAAGAACUAUGAGAAAGCACUGGAGGAGAUAGAUGAGAAUCUCAUCUACUGGCCACGGUUCAUCCGACACAAAUGCAAGCAGCGGUUCACCAAGAUCACCCAGUACCUCAUCCGCAUCCGGAAGCUGACUCUAAAGAGACAGAGGAAGAUCGUUCCAUUAAGUAGAAAGAUUGAAAGGCGAGAGAAGAGGAGAGAGGAGAAAGCCCUGAUUGCUGCUCAGCUAGAUAAUGCCAUUGAGAAGGAAUUGCUGGAGAGACUGAAGCAGGACACGUAUGGAGACAUUUACAACUUCCCCAUUCAUGCCUUUGACAAAGCCCUACAACAGCAGGAUGCAGAAAGUGAGAGCGAGUCUGACAUGGAAAAGGAAGAAGAUGAUGAUGAGGACAAAGAUAAAAGAGAGUUUGUGGAAGCAGAUGACAGUGACCUCAGCGACUUUGAGGACAUGGAUAAGUUAGAGACAAGUAGUGAAGAGGAGCAGGAAGAUGAGGAAGAAACAGAGAAGAAAGCAUCUCGCUCCACAUCUAAGGGGAAAACUCCUUUGAAAGGACCAACCAGAAGAAAACGCCCUUACAUUGAAAUAGAGUAUGAGGAAGAAACAGAGCCAGCCACCAAAACAAAAGUGUCCUGACUCUCCUGAACUUGCAUUUUUUUGCUGAAUGACAACACCAGAUGUGUCCAUUAGAACUACUGCAGCUUUCACCACUUCAAACAGGAUUAUCAAAAAUUGCUUUUUCAAUAUUGUAGCUUAAUAAUUUUUUUUUUUUAAAAGGAGAUGAGGAUUUCUGUCCUGAGCCCAGGCGAUCGCAGCAAGUCUGUACAACUGUUGUAUAAAGUGUAGUUUUAAGACCCCAACUUCUGUACAACCACGUGAGGCUCAGCAAGGACUGCUCCACAAAAGAACCUGGACUGGAGACAAUGCUGCUUUGUUCUCAAGCUGGAGAAGCCUGCUUGGGGCUAGGAGAGCACUGAAGCAAACCUUGUUUGAGGGAGGUGUGAGACAAAAGAGGAGGACAAAGUAACUUAAAUAAAAAAAAAUAUUUUACUGUACAAAAAGCAGAA